AUGGAAAAUAUAAAAAAAAAUGAGGAGAAUAAUAAUUCUUACUUUUAUAAUAACAAUAUAGAUUAUCUAUCACAUAAUGAUAUAUUAUUCUUUCAAGAAAAAAAUAAAAAUAAAAUAGGUCUCGGUAGAGUUGUUAACUUUGAUAUAGAACUAGAUGUAAAUGAUAUCAAAUUUUAUAAUUCAUCUUGUAAAUCGUCUGCAAAUUAUUGUUUAAAAAUUUUAAAUAAUAUUGAUAAUAAAGAAUAUGUAAAAAAGAUUAUUAAUAAAUUAAACAGACGUAAUAAAAUAUUUGCAAAUACAAAAAAUAAGGAAGAUAAUAUAAAGGAUGAUAUAAAAAAUAAUACCAUUAAAGAAAAAAAAAAAGAAUAUAGUAUAUUACAUUAUUUUAAUAAGCGAAUUAUAAAUAAUAUUACCAAGUCUUCUAUUCUGUUAUUGAAAAAUAAAAGUAAUAAUAAUAACAAAAACUUUGACGUUAAAUCUGAAGAUGAAGAUAUAAAAAAUGAAAAAAAUAAAACUGAUCAUAAAAAGGAAAGCAAUAUAAAAGAUUGUAAUUAUAAUAAUAAUAAUAAUAAUUAUUCUUAUCAUAUGUAUAAUAUUACAAACACAUGUGAAACAAACCAAUCAUCUACACUUAUUACACAAGAUGAAAGACGAAAUGAACGUCGUAUCUUUUAUUUUAUUCAAUCUUUAGAAACUUAUAAAUAUAACAUUCAAUAUAAACGAAUUUUUAAACAUUAUAAAAUCCUUUAUCAUAAACAAUGGAAAGAUAUUAAAACAACAUACUGUAAAAAUAUACAGAAUAAAAUUGUCUUUGUAUUAGCCAUGAAAAUUUUUCAAAUUAAAAAAUUAUAUCCUAAUAAUAUUCAUUUUCAAAAUGUUAUGAUCAAUAAUCUUAUGAAAAUUUAUAAAAGUGAAAAAGAUCUACAUGUAAAUUAUCUUAUUCUUAAUUAUAUCAAAAAACUAGAUGUAAGGGUUAUUCUACAAAAUUGUGUUCUCAUAAGUAAUGAUGAGUUCAAUGAAAUAUUAUCAAAGCAUAGUAAAAAUAAUGAUCCUACAGAUUAUAAUACUACAGAUGAACAGGAUUGGGAUCAUUUGGGUUCGAACCGUGCAUCUGACGGAAUCAAGAUGAAUACUUUUUUGAAACACCAAAGAGAAAAACAAGAUGUAGAAGAUGUAGAAGAUGUAGAAAAUGAAGAAAAUGAAGAAGGUGUAAAAGAUGAAGAAGAUGUAGAAGAUGAAGAAGGUGAUGACGAAGAUGUAGAUGAUGAAAAUGAAGAUGAAAUGGACCAAUGUAAAGAAUAUAACAAUAAUAUUCAUAAUAUUCAUAAUAUUUAUAAUAAUCAUCUAAAUUUACUUCAGAAAUAUAAAGAAGAACAAUUAGAUGAUCAUUUAUUUAAAAGCACUUAUGAAAUUGAAAAUUUAAAAGAUAUUAAAAAUGAAGAAAAAAAAAUCUUUAACACGUCUCAGGAUCAAGGCGGUGAUUUAAAUAAUUGUAAACAAAUAAACACAUCAUAUUUGAAAACAAAAGAAGGAAAUAAUCUCAUGCACAAUGAUCAAAAGGAUAUUCAUAAAUAUAAUAACAAUUUUUUAAAUAAUAAUGAGGAUAUAAUCGAAUCUGAAACAAAAGAAUCAAAUUUUUUUGUAUCAAACAAUGUUGUAAAGAAAAGAAAAAUUAUAGAAGGUGAAACAUAUAAAUAUGAAUUAAAAGGUAAUAUACUAGCCAAAUUUAAAUCUCCAUAUGGUAUUAUAUAUAGAGGUCAUAUUAAAAAUAUAUUUACAAAUAAAAAUAAUAUACUAUCCUACUUUUUAAUUGUGCCUUCAAUUUUUUUUAUUAAUAAUUCAUUUUAUUUCUCGUGUCUAAACAUAGAUAUUGAUAUUCUCAAAAUAUUUGAAAUUAUAAAAAUUUUAGACAAAUCAAAAAUAAAGCAAAUAGAUAGUAUAAAUUUUAAUAAGUAUAAAAAUUUAAAACAAGUACAUGAAAAUAAUUUAAAAAUUGAUAUGGUGCAUGCAAAUAUAUCACAUGAAAAAUCUUCCAUACAAGAUAGAUGUAUUAGAAAGGAUCAUUCGAAGCAAAAUAAUUUUCAAGGAUAUAAUAAAAAGGGGGCUCCUUCUAAUGAGGAAAAAAUCAAGGAAGAAACAAAAAAAAAUAAUUCUUUUGGAAGAAAAAAAAGAAAAAAGGAUAUACGGGGAGAUGAUAUUAAUGAAAAACAUAUGAAUAAAGAGGACAUAAAUGAAAAACAUAUAAAUAAAGAGGACAUAAAUGAAAAACAUAUGAAUAAAGAAUUAAUGAAUGAUGUAAAAAAUAUGAAUAUUUUAAAUAUAGAUAAUACCAAUUCACCUUCAAAAAAUGAUAAUAUCAAAGGAGAUGUUAAUAUUAAUGACCAUCAUAGUAAUAAUAAUUAUGAAGAUAUUCAAGAACCUAAUUUAAAAGAUAAAGCUAGAAAUAAAAUAGAAAGUCAUCUUUUUUUUUUAAGAAGAAAACUUUUUGAUGUUAAUAGAAACAAAAUAGAUAAUAAGAAGAAUAAAACAAAGUCUAUUUUUUCUAUAAGUAAUGAAAAAAAAAAUACUUAUUUGUCAAAAAUUACAAACUUUUUUAAAAAAAUAGAACCCAAAAAAGAGAACCUAAAUUGUAUAUUUCAAAAGGAUAAUGUCAAUAAAGAAAAUAUAAAAUCUGUAAAUAAUAAUUAUGAUCAUAUUAAUGCCACUGAACAUGUUGUCGACAAAAGUGAAGAGAAAAAAAAUAAAAAAAAUAUAAAUAACAAUAUAUCAGGUGAAAUAAGUGAUAAGGAACAUGAUCAGCCAUUGAAGGAUAUUAAAAAAUAUAAAAAUAUAAACGAUAAUAUGAAUAAUAAAAAUUAUAAAAAUUAUAAACAUGACAAAAAUAAUAAAACAAAAUAUGAUAAGCAUGAAAGUCUUGUAAUAACAGAAUAUAAUUCUAGUGAUUAUAAUGAUUGUGUAAUGUCUAUAGAAAGUGAAUGGAAAAGACGAGAAACAUUUAAUUCGGUUUAUGGUACUCCUACCCCAAUAAAUAUAAAUAUAAAUAAUAUAAAUAAUAUAAAUAUAAAUGAUAUAAAUAAUAUAAAUAAUAAUAAUAUUAAUGUAGAUAUUAAAAAGGAAGGAGAUGAUAAUACAUACAAUUUAAAAAAUGAUGAUAUAAAAUAUAAUACUAUAAAUAAUAAUGUUAAUAAUGAAUAUAACUCAUAUUUAAAACAAAUUCAAAAUAUAAUUGAAGAAGAAAAAAUGAAUAAAGUUGAUAUGUUAUAUAAAUAUUCUAAAAAUAAUAUUAAUAUUUUAUUAUAUAUAUAUGUCAUGCAUAUAUAUAUAAAUAAAUUAUGUAAAAAUAUUAUUGUAAAAAUUCUAAAACCUAAUAUUAAAUAUGGAAAUAAAACAAAAUAUGAUCAUACAGAUUUUAUUUUAUCUCCACUUAUUGGUUAUUCAUAUUCUAAAUUCUAUAGACUUAAAUUUAAUUACAUGAAUAUACAAUUAAGAUCUGAUGGAAAUAUUGAUAGGAGAUAUAAACUAGCCAAAGAACAUUUAAAAAAUAAACAAGAACAAAAAAAAAAUAAAAUAAAAAAAAUCAAAAAUAUAAAAAAUAUUAAAAAAAAAUAUAAAAAAUUAAAGUGUAAUAAAAAAGAAUCUGAUACAGAAUUGAACCUAUCUAGUGAUACAGAUAUAUAUGAUAAACGUUUAAAAAUUAAAAAAGAUAAAAUCAUAAAAUCUAAAAAUCAUGUUAUAAAAAAAUCAAAAUGUCAUAUUAUCAAAAAAGACAAUAAAUUGAAUUACAAAAAAAAUGAAUUUUUUACACAACAAGAUGAUAAAAAUGAUAAAAAUGAUAAAGAUGACAAGGAUUCAUCUAAAGAAUAUUUUCUCUCAAAUAAUUAUAACAUUAAUGAUGAUACAGAUUCUACAAAAAAAAGUUAUAAUGAAAAUAUUAAUUUUUAUUUAUGGUGUAUGUUUAAUUGGGACUAUAGAAAAACAUUAAGAGUAUCUUUAAAUAGUAUAUCAAAUAAAAAAAUAAACAACUUUGACAUUUAUAACUUUUUCUUUUACAAUUAUGAUACUAUAUCAAAUCUAAAUGAAAUAAAUAAAGACUUAGGUAUUCUUAUAGAUAUUUAUAAAAGUAUUAAAAAUAUAUUAUAUCAAAAUUUAUCUUUAUAUGGAGAUUUGCUUUUAUUGAAUGCACCAUAUAAUAUGACAAGAACACAUACUGAUGAAGAGUUGAUAUGUUUCUGGCUUAAAACUUUAAAUCAGUUGUAUCUAAUCAGGGACGGCUUUUCAAAUUAUUUUAAAAAUUUUUAA